AUGUUUUAAUCGAAUCUAAAAACAAUAAUUAUUCUACCUUUAAAUCACAAUAUGAUGGUAGAGCUUUAAUCAACUACUACUGUGUUUGAACUUUUUGAAUCCAUAAAAAUUCACUUUAAGUAAUUCUAAAAUAAAAAAGAUAGAUUUGAAGGAAGUUUUAAACAAUGGACUUGCUAUUCUGUUUCAAGGCAAAAAUGGUUGAACAUUUCAGAGGAAAUUGGGAAUUAUUAGGAUGAGAUUUUUAAUGUUCACAUAAAAUCUGAUUUAGAAUCUUAAAAUGAAAAAAUAGAGGACAUUAAUAUAUAAAUUGAUAUAAAAGACAGCGGCAUUAUUAGGAAAUUUUAGACAAUUUUUAAAUCAAAUGAUGUUAUUUAAUCAGUAGCUUAAGCAACUUUAUCUUAUUGUUAAUUAUCAGAUUAAUAGUAAAUAAAUAUAUAAUUGAUAUAGAGAUGUAGCAGCAGUUGAUUUAUUUAUAUUUGGUUAACCUUAUAACGAUAAAAUUAAAAGAUUUAAAUCAUUUUCAGACUUAUAAAUUAAGAAUAACACAACAAUAGAAGCAAGAAUUAGAUGGAUUGGAGGAUGA